CCCCAGCGCGCGUCCAGUCAGUUGCGUGUGAUCGUCGGGUGAGGUUGUGCAUAGUAGCCGUUCCGUUCGUCUCUUCUGCCUACAACAGAACACGCGCGCGCGUCCGCGUCCCAUUCGUUCGGUUCGUUCCAACCAACAGCAUUGUUUGGUUUGCUUUCGGGCUCGUUGUUUUUUGGCGGUGGUGGCGGUUUGGAGAUCCAGUUCCCCUCUUUUGAAAGAGCGUCGUCCGUUUGUUGGUUAGUGCUUUUGUAGGGACGAUCGGUCCCUCGUUGCUGUGUUUAUUGCUCGCUCAUAUGCAGAGGAUCGUUAUUGCUUUCAGAGAGACGACUAAACAGAGUGUGAAGCGACAGGCAGCAGUUGAUUACAGAAGUUGAAACGUGACAUCGUGAUACAAAAGUCUGAGUGUUGAUAGCUACUUCGGCGGUUUUAAGUGAUUAAGAUCAAUCUACAUCGUAGCUGUAGUGUCUUGCGAUCAAAGGGCAACUUCAUUGCUGCCGUCUCGUCGCGUUGCCGCAAAUAGCAGCAACAGCAGCCGAAUCAUCAUCACCAUCUUCAGUUGCAGCGGAAAACCCGAACCCGUCGCAUUCCCGCGCGCACCAUGGGGUGCGAUUGUGAGUCAUGCAUAGCGAAAACGCUACUAUCAGUGUUCAAUUUCGUGUUCUUCGUUCUCGGAUCGAUUGUUCUAGGUGUGGGAAUAUGGCUCGUGGCAGACAAAUCAUCGUUCAUCGCGCUAUUGAAAAUGGUUGAAAGUGAUCAGCUGGAGCACUUUACACAACCGGCGGUGAUAGAACAAUUGGCGUACUUUCUGAUCGCCAUCGGAGCGAUCAUGUUUUUCCUCAGCUUCCUCGGGUACUGCGGAGCGAUACGGGAAAGCCAGUGCCUGCUGACUACGUAUGGGCUGUUCCUGAUAGUGAUAUUGAUUCUGGAGGUGACUGCGUGUGGCCUAGCAGCUGCCUACAAGGAGAGCGCCAAGACGGAAACGAAAAACUACUUGCAGACCACCAUUUCCAAGUACUACUCGAGCAACGAUCGCAACCAGUCCGAUGCAGUCACGUUGAUGUGGAACUAUCUGAUGUCCGAGAUGCACUGCUGCGGGGUUGACGAUUAUCGGGACUUCAACCUGUCGGACAAGUGGAACGAGAGCAAGGGCAGCCGGGUCAUCCCGGAGGCGUGCUGUAUGCAGACGACGCUGUUCGAUCUGCUGGACAAAAAUUGUCCCUACUCGCCGUCGGAUAGCAAUAGCUACUACAAGAAGGGCUGCUACAAUGCACUCAUCGACUGGAUAAUGUACAAUCGGAAUCUGGUAAUCAUCGUGGCCAUCGGAGUCGGUUUGGUGCAGCUGUUGGCGAUAUUCCUAUCGUUCUGUUUAUGCAAAUCAAUCGAAAAGUAUCGAGGAAUGCGACUGUAAACCAUCACAGUUGAAGGUCAUUCCCCGGGGAGCACAUCACAAAUCGGAGAUCCAAAUGUAAAUUGCAUCAUCAAUCAACUAUGAAGGCGGAGGAGGGUGACGACCAUAGGCUGGUUCUGAGCGCGGAGAUUUGAAUCUCGAGCGAUAUCGGUGGAAUUAUAUGUUCAAAAGAAAGAUGCAUCAUCGUGUAUUUAGAUAAGUAACCGGCUGUUCGAUCGGCGAGGAAGGUGAUCGAACGUACAAGUGCACUUUUACUAUACACAAGUAAACUAUAGGAGUAUAGAGAUACCGCUGGUCGACGCAAACACUCGAGACAGUCAUUCACAAAAGUAGCGGUUAAGUUUUCGAGGGGCGGAGAAAAGUUUUCUGUUUCGAUCUUUGGUUUUAUUUUUGUUGCGUUUAGCGGCAUCGAGUAAAAAGCGAGUAAAUGUAUGGAAAACAGUGGAAACGUGGAUUUUUACACAUCAUGCUUUAUUGAGACAUCAUCUAAAAUCUACCAUAGGUUGUGUAGUAUAAAUUCGAAUAUUCGAUUUUAUAGUUACGAUAAUCAAUUGUUUUUUGUUUAUAUGUAGAAAUAAAUAAAAUAAUUUAAUACAAA